UUUAGUGUUUCAGGAACGACUCGUGUACAACUGGUAAAGGAAUUUACUCUUAAGUGGAAGGAUUCAGGGCCCAAUGACUGUAAAAAUGGAUGAAGAGGAAGCCCUGAAGUCGAUUAUGAAAGAUUUGGCAGCUCUUGGAAGACAGGGUGGAAUACUGGACACAUGUAAUAGGAAUAAAAACAGCUCCAUAUCUACUAAACAGAAGGUGGUCAGACUCAAGUUUGAAUAUGAGAAAGAGAAAAGGAUCUUUCAGUUUCAGAAGCCUAUUAAAUUCAGAGACGUAGUCCUAAGAGUUACAGAUGCUUUUGGACAACAGCUGGAACUCCAUUAUGUUAAUAAUGAGCUUUUGAAGCCACUGAAAUGCCAGGAUGAUUUGGACAAAGCACUAGAACACUUAGACCAUAGUUCUGCAAAACCUUUGAGAAUAUUACUGAAUGCGCCACAGAACAACUGUGUAAAUAGUAAAAUUUCAGACUUGAGGACAUCCAAGUCUAUGGGAGACCUCUUGGUGUCCCUCUCUAAAAGCACAGAUCGAACAAGAAAAAACUCUACAGGUUCCCUCUGCACUGGUCGAAGCUCUCCACCCCCUGGGAGUGUACCUGAUGGACAGCAGCAGAUUGCUCGCCAAGGCUCAUACACAAGCAUUCACAGUGAGGGAGAGUUUAUUCCUGAAACUCCAGAUCAAAAUAUGCUGGACCCGUUCAUCAGUCCUACCGGCUCACUGAGUAGCAGUUGCCAGUCUUUAGAAAGGUCGUCUGAGAGCUCUUUCUCAAAACCUGGGCUUUCCAGAGGAAGCAGUCAUAUCAAUGACAGUUUUGACUUCUCAGAUUUUGACAUUUAUGGGAAAUACGGAAAAGGUGGCACCUUCCCUAGGCAGAUAGACCUUUCCCAUAAUCGCAAGGACCGGUGCAAUAAUGGUCGUAGAACUUUCCCAAGGAGCUUCAUGCGCCCAGAGAGUCCCAUUCAUCUAGUUCCUCAAAGUAGAACAAGAAGUUUUAAUGGGGACACGACAAGCCCUCCAUCGUAUGAUACCUGGAGCAGUCCAAGGUCUAAUAAUAUCUUGGCAAUAUCUCCACAAACACCUGUGAACUGGAGGCUAGGAAAGCAAAUCGGCCAUGGUGCAUACGGAGUGGUUUUCCUGUGCUAUGAUGCUGAUACAGGGAGAGAGCUUGCUGUGAAGCAGGUGGCUUACGACCCAGACAGUAAUGAGACUAGCAAGGAAGUGAAUGCCUUUGAAUGUGAGAUACAGCUAUUGAAGAAUCUCCGACAUGAAAGAAUAGUUCAGUAUUAUGGUUGUUUACGUGAUCCAGUAGAGAGAAAACUUUCUAUAUUUGUGGAGUAUAUGCCUGGGGGUUCAGUGAAGGACCAGCUGAAAGCAUAUGGAGCUUUGACAGAGAAUGUGACCCGAAAAUACACAAAGCAGAUUCUGCAGGGUGUAUCUUAUUUGCACAGCAAUAUGAUCGUACAUAGAGACAUCAAAGGUGCCAACAUUUUACGAGAUUCUGCAGGGAAUGUGAAGUUGGGGGAUUUUGGUGCCAGUAAACGUAUACAGGCUAUUUGCAUGUCUGGAACAGGUAUAAAAUCUGUCACAGGAACACCAUACUGGAUGAGUCCAGAGGUGAUAAGUGGAGAAGGAUAUGGCAGAAAAGCUGAUGUUUGGAGUGUUGCCUGUACCGUGGUGGAAAUGCUUACUGAGAAGCCUCCUUGGGCAGAAUAUGAAGCCAUGGCAGCAAUUUUCAAAAUUGCAACACAACCCACAAAACCCCGUUUGCCAGACUGUGUUUCAGAUGCCUGCAGGGAUUUCCUCAAGCAGGUGUUUGUUGAAGAACGGAGAAGACCCACAGCAGAUGAGCUUCUGAGGCAUCCAUUCCUGCUCUGCAGCUUCUAGUCAGGCAUUAUGAACAACUAAACAUGCUCAAUACCUACAAACAGUCUGCGGACCAAAAAAGCAAAGAUCUUUCCAGGUUUCAAGUGAAACAUGUGCAUCUAUUGCCUCCAGCAGGUUUCAUAUGAAAACAUAGCCACAUAGGUAUUGGUGCUUCAUAUAGUGACUUGUAAUGGAUCGAUCACAUUACAAAGUGUUAAAUUGGACCUGUCUGCCAAUGACGUGUGUUGUUGUGAUUUAAAACUGACCUAAAACUUAGAAGACUAUGACUUAUCCCUAGCACUUGUGCUGACAGGUGGCUCAUUUCCUGUUCCCAUGGUGGUCCAUUUCCUUUUCCCAUUACCAAGGUACCACAUUCCCACAGAUUAUAACAGCUUAUUUUUUUCAGAAAGAACAGUGUUUUUGCUUUUGGGUUAAAUCUGUAAUAGGCACUGAAUCUCUGAGUUUCAAAAGUGGCCAAUUCCUACUUCUUAUAAAGGAGUUGUGUACGCUUUUUGUGUCUGUUUCCCUUUUUUUUGUGUCAGCAAAAGUUCAUUGUUUUUGAAUGAGCUGUUGUAGAAUGUUGCACCUUUGCACUUUGCUUAGGAAAAAUGAGACAAAUGGAACUUAUUUCAGACCACCAUCUCCACCCCACAUCCCACUCCCAGUAAUACUGUCCAUUUGAGGCCCUGUUAACUACAGGCAUGUGUUAAAAUAAUAAAUAGUAUUAAAUGUAUGAUACUUUGGAACUGCAGAUUAACUUGUGACUGGUUAACAUAUUCCGGUCAGUCAUUACUCAGCCAUUGUUAGGUUGAGUGUGGUCACUGCUUGUUUGAUUUCCUUGAUUGUUACAUAUGACCUGGUCUGCUUUCCCCACAGACUAUACUAAGCUGUGGUAAUAAAGCUAAAACCAGUGUAGAUGCCUUGUAACCUAGACCCUUGAUAUUUGCUUUGAAUCCAAGAUCUUUUUUGUGUUUUAAUGAAGAUGUUUGCAAAGGUUAUGAGUUCUCUAAUAGAGGAGGAGUAUUUUUUUUCACUCAGUUGUUCGUAUGAUGCAAGCACUUUGAGGUCACUUCAGAAUGGCUGCAACCAUAUUACCUUAUUAUGUAUGUGUACUGUAAUUUUCCUGUCAAAGGAGAAGAUGUUGGAAACUGAUAUUGUAUAUCUGAUGAUAUUUUGAUAAACUAUUGUAACCCUUUUACAAAUGAACAAGACCAAGAGUCAGUGAAAAUGUACAGCGUAUUGGGAGUUAAAGGGUUUUUACCUUGAAGCUGGCCCUUUCGGUGAAGAGUGAGGCCAUUAUAUGAUGAAAGGGGCCUUGAAUGAGAAGCCCAAGGAGCAGCUGUGUUGUAUUUUUUUACUAUAGAAAUUGUACAGCUAAAUAUUUAAACCAGUUGAUUGUAUGUCCUAUUGAAGUCAGAUGUAAUAUACAUGUUUUUAGACUUGAAGUCUUUAUAUACACCAGUCUAGCUAGAAGCUUUGCCAAUUCUGCAGUAUGUAUAUAUGAAUGCUUACACCGUGGAUUCACGAGUUUUACUUUUGGUGUGGUAAUUUCUGCAAGAACACAUCACAAAUUGUAUGCUGCCACUUGUUUUACCAUAGAGAUACUUUGUAGGAAGCACAUGCAUCUGCCAUAUUGUGUCUUGCAACCUGAAUGAAUGAGUCCACAGCUAUUUAGUAAAUGUCAUUAAUGCCAGUGUAUAACAACAGUUGUUGAGCUAGUGAUAAAUUUUGUUCCCGAUGCUCGGUCAAAGCGACUAUGGCGUUGAUUUUUUAAAUAAUGGGAACUAGUUCCUGAAAAGAAAAGGAUAUAUGUUUUACUCUCAGCAGUCAGCAAGUGUACCUUUACAUUCUGAAAUCUAACUGAAGUAUUAAUUGUAUUUUUAGGCUUGUUUUAUUGCCAUGAUUCACCACACAUUCAGUCUGUCAUACAAGGUACCUUUACCAAAAAGGCAUUAUGGGAAGGUGAAGUAUUGUGACUUUUGUGGUGGUCGUUCUACAGGUCCCACAGGUACAACCUCUGAAAUACAACAGUUUUUUUUUUUUAUAAAAGUUACAUUACAAGCAGGACUUAAAGGUUUAUUUCACCCAGUAUUUGCAAAAUAAGGUGUUCCUUUAUUUGGCUGUUUUGUAUUAUCAUAGUGUUCAUUUUCUUUUAUGUGCUGUUAAUUGGCUUUUUUCUAAACUGUCUUGCUAUUGUUGUAGUAUUUGACUGCAUCUGGGGAUAUUGGCAUUGACACCAUUUUUAUUGCAUUUAAUUUUAAGUUUUUUCCUGUCAAAUUUUGUUGUAAUGCAACAAACAUAGAUGGUUUAUUGGUUAACAGAGUAUAAAAAACAUGGUCUUAUAUAGUGGAAGGAACUUUUACACUCAGUUUCAUCAUGCUUUCUGUUUCUCAAAGGAGAGUGACAGCAGUGGAUGGAAAACAUAUAUGCAGAUAUCAUGAGUUAUAUGUGACAUUUUUCAUUAGACUGUAAUAAUUGAACGACUUGAGAAUUGCAUUCAUAGAUGAAAAGUUCGCUAUGAAGGCAGCCUGCUGCCUGAGCCCUGAAGACACUGAUACUCUGCUAUGCUCUGCAGUCACUCUGAGCUCUGAAGACACUGAUACUCUGCUAUGCUCUGCAGUCACUCUGAGCUCUGAAGACACUGAUACUCUGCUAUGCUCUGCAGUCACUCUGAGCCCUGAAGACACAGAUGCUCUGCUAUGCUCUGCAGUCAUUCUGAGCCCUGAAUACACUGAUACUCUGCUAUGCUCUGCAGUCACUCUUCUAGAUGCAUUGUCCCAAGAGUAGAUCAUUCUGCUUGCUUUUCACCUUCUGAACAGGAGAAAAGUACAGACCAGAGUUCCUUCUUUGUCCAUGGUAAUAGACUGGUAAUAUCUUCUUCUUCUUCUUCUUCUUUGUAAUUUCCUUUGUUAAACACAACCAUGGCAUAAAUGUUUUAUUUUUACUGCUUGUGGUUACAUCUGACUUUGAACUGCAGUGAGGGAUGUAGCCCUCAGUUCCAGUGCAUCUUUCAUAAGAUCUGUUCCUGUGCAGAUUAAGCUUCUUGCAUGAAAUUGUGGUUCAGGCUUCCCCUUCAGCCAGAUUUGCUGCUGUGAGAUGGCGUAAUCCACAGAAAGAGAACUUUCAGCAGAUUCUCAUGGGUCAUUUCCCAGCCUAGAAAUGGCUAUAUUCAAGAAUGAACUGGAUAUCGUAGGGCAAUAAUCACACAAGUGUCAAUUCCACAUUAACAGAGGCAUGUUCAUUUUAGUGCACGUGCCACAGAGCCAGUUCUUUUGUAUAUAUGUCGUAAUUCAGGAAUGGUAAAAUCUGGUAGUAGAAGCUAAGCAUUGAGUCUUGAGAAAUGAAUUCCUGCUGAAGGGAUUCCUUCCUAAGCCAUGAGAAGAAGAUGUUAUUGUCAGUAGAUUUUUAGGUACUGCAGGAUCUCUGAUAAUUUGAGAUGAACCUUCUUCCAGUUCACCCUGUAGAUAUGGAGCUCCAGGGUCUCCAGAGUUCUGGUCUCCUUGAAAAUGGCAUUACGUUUACUACAGUCAAGACUCCAUCCUUCUCUGCCUUGGAGACAGUCAUUCUAGAGAGGGCAUUCACCAUGGAUACAGUCAUUCUACAGGGGGCGUUUUCUGGAGCCAGUCAUUCUGAAGGGGGCAUUCCAGUCAGGAACAGUCUGAAGGAAUAUUUGACCUAGAGGAAACUAUUACUUUUUUAUUUGUCAGAGCUGUCAUUCUUUCUGAGUGCAGUUAUUUCUUCUGUUGUGGCUUGGCUACCCACACAAUUCCCUAGUCUCACCUAUUUGUGUACCUUGUCUGAAAACCUGAAUUGCUACCCCAUGGACAAUGUAAUCAUCCUGUCCUGAUACGAGCAAAUGUGAAUUGUAGUCAUGGGGUGAAAGUGUCCCAGUAGCCAACACCACUACUACUCACAGAGGCUGUAAUGAUGACCAUUCUAUGCCAUUGUACCUUUUUAUAGACUACUGCAUCAAUGAUGUGUGGUCUAUGAGUGUUUCUACCCCAUCUAAAAUGAAGAUGCAUCCUAAACUCUCUCAUGUGCCUUGGCUAGCUGCAGUAUGAACUGUGGUCUCCACUGGAGCCACAGAAAUAACACACCUGUCAGCACAUCACCCCCCCCCCACUUCCCAAAGGAAGCAGAGAGACAAAACCUCAUAAUUCCUAUCCCAUCAGAAUGCUAGUUCCAGUAGGCAACAGAGCAGUUAAUUGUACUGAAGUCACCCUGUGCAGUGGAGUUGGCAAUAUCCCAGCCCUUGAGUGAUGCACCUCUUUUUCCUAAUCUGCACUUCUUGAACAAGGCCUUCUUUUCUGAUAGUCUGAAAAAGUAUCCCCUUGUGAUUCUUUUCAGACCUCAUUUGGUGUUAAUAAGAAGUAGUCUUUCAGCUGUUAGUGCAACUGCAUAUAAGUACUGCAAAGCUCUUUGUGUGUGUGUUUAUAUGCACGCACAUCAGUGUUAGUGUGUGUGUGUAUGCACGCACAUCAGUGUUAGUGUGUUUGUGUGUGUGUGUGUGUGUGUAUAAGUGCGCGUGCAUGGUGGAAGAUGCUUAUGCCACGUGUUGCAUGUACUGCUGGGGGGAUACUAUUAUAGUUAGGUCUAACAGUGUGGUGUUCAGAGACAUUUUAAUGAACAGUUAAUGAGAUGUUGCUCAAACCACCUUUACCAUGUCUUGGAAUUGCAGAUUACACUUGUACUAUUAGGCAAUACUGCAUUGUCCAACUAGCACUGGUGGUGGUAAUAUCUCUAAAUCCUGGGGAUUAUUUCUUACCCUACACCUCUGAUAUAUUUCUGUUUACAAUUUAUAACUUCUUUCCAUCUCAUAUACUCAAAUUCUUUCCUUCUUAUUCUUUUUCUUCUGUUGAAAGAAAUACUCCAUCUUUUUCUUUGUCUUCUUCUAACUCUCCCACUAACUUUGCAAGACAAAGCACAUAUUCUCAAUUUAACGUGAUCUUGUCAUAACACUUGAAAAACCUAAUUAACAUCUUGUUGCUGAAUGUGCAGAAGAGGAGGGUGAAAAAAUCCAACGCAAGCGAUUUUGCACAUCAACAUAAGAUCCUUAGCUGAUGCCUUAACUAAAACUGCUAGAAGCCACAACUCUUGUAGAGAUGCCUUAUUCAAAAGUCACACUGAAUGCAUUUGGAAGAAACUUCCUGUGUAUGUCACACAUGUAAAUGUCUUCUUCAUAGACCAAUCCACUGGCACAUAUUCUACAGAUAACCUGUAAUUUUAUAAGCCUUACAGCUCUAUAAAGACUAUUUCAGUGAGUGCUGUUUGUGUGAAAUAAAAUAAUUGUAACUACUUUUAGCACAAAGAGACUUUGCACUUUUCCCUAUUGUUGUGUAAUCAUGGAGUUGAUAUGUAUCAGUUUGGGGCGAAGUUGCUGCCCACAAAAGGGGGGGGGGUGCAGUACCGCUGUCCCCUGGGAAAAAAAAAACAUACUUUUAUAAUCCCUGGAAGUGCUUUUAUGCUUUUAAGUGAUUUCAUGUGGCAUAAAUGGCAGUCACUGAAAUUGCCUUCAUUGAGUCACCACAAAUCUGUAAUUUCUUAAGCCAUGGUUACCUUCAUAAUGUAGAAAUAACUACUCCUGUCAUUUCUAAACAUGUUUAUAUAGAUUUAUAUUCUGCACUACAUUUACUACAGUCAAGACUUCAUCCCUGAAUUGUGGCCAUGGGUGAAAGUGCCCCAGUAGCCAACACCACUGCUACUCACAGAGGCUGUAAUGAUGACCAUUGCAUGCCAUUGUACCUUUUUAUAGACUACUGCAUCAAUGAUGUGUGGUCUAUGAGUGUUUUUUCCCCAUCUGAAAUGAUGAUGUAUCCUAAACUCUCUCAUGUGCCUUGGCCAGCUGCAGUAUGAACUGUGGUCUCCACUGGAGCCACAGAAAUAACACACCUGUCAGCAUAUCACCCCCCCCCCACUUCCUAAAGGAAGCAGGGAGACCAAAUCUCAUAAUUCCUAUCCCAUCAGAAUGCUAGUUCCAGUAGGUGACAGUGCAGUUAAUUGUACUGAAGUCACCCUGUGCAGUGGAGUUGGCAAUAUCCCAGCCCUUGAGUGAUACAACUCUUUUUCCUAAUCUGCACUUCUAGAACAAGGCCUUCUUUUCUGAUAGUCUGAAAAAGUAUCCCCUUGUGAUUUUUUUCAGACCUCAUUUGGUGUUAAUAGGAAGUGGUCUUUGUGAUCUACUGACCCUUACCACUUCAGCCUUUGUUCAAUUGAACAGCUUUAUUUCCUUCUGUGGAAUAAGUAAUUCCCAAUCACAUACAGUGUUUCUAAGAACAAGAUGACACCUGUGUUAGUACAGUGGCCACACCAGAUGACCAUAUGUGUGUCAUACUUAGAUGUCCCUUUUAGGGAGACAGAAAGUAAAGGUAUAUUGCAAAGCCAGUAAGAUAAAUCUUUGGACAGGAAUUGAAUUGUGUUGAAUUUCAUAUCAUGAUCAGUUCAUAGAUGACAAACUUUGUGGGGGGGUUUAUUGGUCACUAACACUGGGGUCUGAGCAGUUGCACAUUUAGUAUAAUAUCGGUGAGAAAAGGGUGCCUUUCGGUAUCCAUAAUUACUGUUUCAGUUUUGUGACUUUUGAUUUCUCAUGCUUCUUACAUACUCAAUAUGUUAUUAAGGAUGAGUGUUAUCCCUACUUACCUCUUCCUAGCACAAUACAUCACAGUGUGGUUGCUUGGAGAAAGUGUAUUGUAAAGCCUCUUCCAGCUUCAUAAUAAAUGAUUUUGCUUCUUGAAAUAAAAGCAGCAAGACAGAGUUAAAUAGGUCCAUGUAAAGUGCUACUUGAGACAUGUUUUUGUGAGUAAAACAUUCUUGCAGUUAUAAUUAUAGUGAAGCAACGAGCCACUUUCUUCUAAGAAAAAGCAGUAAAAUAAUUAGAGGAAUCACUAAUAGGUGUGUAACUUUGUGUAUUUGUUGGUGUGUGUGUUUGUACAUGUGUGUGAUGCAUAUACAUGGAAUAAGUGGGAUCCAGGAUUUGUAUAUGAGUUUUUUUGUACAGUUGGGUGAAAUAAAUGACAUAUGACUCUUAUAUGUACCACAGCUGGACUGUACAAGUUAUCAGAGAAAUGAUGCCUUGCAUAAGAAGUACUAACAUAACUCUCUCACUUCCCUUCCCCUGUACAAACAAAAAUGAACAUCUAAACCCCCAGGAGGCCAUGCAGCCUACAAAGUAAAGCUGUCUGCCUUUUGAUAUUUUUUUAUAUCAAACGAUACUGUAUAUGUAUAAUGUAGGGAAAAAAGGAUCCAGAAUAUGUUUUUCCUAUUGCCUUUGUAAAUGAAAAGAAAACUUCGAAAAGGCUAUUGUAAACACCGCUCAUUUUUCUGUAACUAGAAACUGAGAACCCUUUGCACUAAUAUUAGCCUAGCAUCUACCAAUAUUUGAAAGUUUUUCCUCAUUUAUUUGGUUAUAUUUUCAUGAGAACUUGUUAUUUCUCCUCCAGUUCCUCCUCUUUUGAUAUUGUGUUAUGGUUAAUGAAUAUUCAGGCAAUGAAAAUGGAUGCAUGAGAUGGUAUGUGUGAUUAUCACAGCAGUACAUCUCAUUUUCUGCUUCUGUUUUUGUAAUCUGUGCACAGGAGUAACAUAUCUAUUGUUCACCAGACUGUUUUUCUGGUUUUAUGAGGUUUUCUUUGUAACUCUGAGCUCCCGGGUAGUAGAUGACUACCGGCUUUCUUUGGAUGCAUUUACUGGGUUUUUGAAAGAGUGCAACAGUCUGCUUUGAAGUUUCCUUCUCAGGGCAUUGAUACAGCAACAGAUGUAUUUAUUUUAUUGUGACAUAUUUAUUUCACAAGAGUAAACCAUCUCAGACUGAGAUUUGCUUGGUAAGGGUUUCGGGAUAAUAAUCAAUGGUUUAAUUGCUCUGUAGCAGUACUUUGCCAUUUGACUGAAGUUAUGCCCAUAGUGCUGUCAAGUCUAGGCUGUGGAAGUAGAGGUUUAUAGUUCAUGUGGUGAUUUCUUUGUUCUUUCAACAAGAUUAUGUUUAAAACACUGAAGUUUAUACGUUCCUUCAGAAAGUCCACUUUAAGGUCAUUCUUGUGUCUGACAACUGCUAUCAAGAAGAGUUUCUCCUGUAAGUAUUCACCAGCUUUUUGUGAUGUCUUAAACUGAAAGUAAGCUGUUUUAAGAUGCCUGAACAGGCUAAGCUAAAAAAAAGUAAAACCAUGCAGUUUAAAAAAGGUCCCACUGAUAUUGCAGAUGUAGGGCCAUCAAUGACUUGUGCAUCCUACGCAGUCUAGAAAGCAGCAGUUAACAGAAAUAGAUUUUUCUGCUUCCUUUGCUCUGAAAGGCAGUAAACCUUGGGAAACUAAUAGAAUUUAAAAGUUAAUACAGAAAUGUAAUGUUUCUUUUGAGUUUUGCUAUAAAAGCUUCAAGUAUUUCUUUCUGAGCAUAAUACAGGUUUUCUAAUGUCUUUGAAUGAAGCUGUUGAGGCAGAUAAAGCAUUUCCCAGCCUAUCAUCAGCUCUUAAUUUUGAAGGAAUUUGUAUUAAGUUGAUAGAUUAUUUGGAGGUUAAAAGAAGGGCAGAAAUCAUGAUAAUGCCCCUUUGAAGUUAUAAAUUAUGAUUUGUUUAGGCAGUAUUGCCAUUAAUUAGUAUAAUAUUGCUGCCUUAUUCCUUUGUCUUUCUCCACUACAUAAAUAAAGCAUUUUUAAGAAGCCUGAUGCUAUUCCUGCAGGUUUUAAGCUGAUAGACAUUGUAUGAAAUACUAAAUAUAAAAAUGUUUUCUGUGUCCGCGGUGGUGCAGCAGUAGCGUUGUUGCCUCACAGCAAGAGGUUCACCCAUGUUCGAUUCUCGGCUGAAGUG